AACUCCGGAGCUCCUCCGUGUGACGGUACCUAUCGGGGCAGCUUGCGUGGUCACGGCCUUCUACUUUCAAAGUGUUUCCUUCAUUCAUCUUAUACUCAUGUUGUUUAUCAUUUAUUCUGGCUCAAAUUGACUCAGUUAGUUGUUUAGAUCAUCAUUGCAAUCAUAUUUUGUAGAACCUGCAGUUCCAUACAUCUUCACUACCGCAAUGCCGGCUGACUUCGCGUUCGUAACUGUCAGCAAUUCGGGACGGACACAGCCCACAGACCGAUCAGGAUUUCGUAGUCGAUGUAUGAUCGGUAAGAAUCGACAAGAAGGCUCUCGGCGUUCCAAACAAGCUGCUCGUAAAGCGCAAAGGGCAGCCGCUCAAACUGCGAGCGAGAAUGCCGGGCUCCAGUCGCUUCAUCAUUCGGGUUCCCCUAUCAAGCCUUGGCCUUGCACCGCGUAUAAUGAGAAGCAGCAAGCUGGAGAAGGUUCUCAGGCUCUGAGCACAGAAGAGGUCGCUCGAGAUGAUACCUCGGCUUUGAUGCCUCCGGUUCCUCAUCCGCCACCCAGCGACAUGUCUCUGAUUCGCUUCGCAGAAGAGUUGGAAAGGCCAUCUCAGGAAAUACUCUUCAGAUUGGUCAACUUCAGUGCUCUCAAGGGGACCUUCUAUCCCAUUGAGCAUUGCGUCGACCUCCCUCGCAGCACGAAUUCCGAAGCACUCUCAUUUUCUUGGAUUCUCCAGGACAAAAUCUUCCUACACAGCGCCUUAUUCCACUCAUCCGCCGUACAUGAACAUGUUCAGCGCCGUCAGCCAGGAAGAAUGACACAAUUUCAUCUCAGACGCACAAUCAAACUCCUUAAUGAGGCGCUUUCUCAACCAGACUCACAUCGUAACGAGGCAAUCUUCCACGUCAUACUCACUCUAGCCUUGAUGGCAGGUCUUUGGGGUGACUUCAGCACCACAGCCGUACACCUGUCAGGCUUACGGCAGAUCGUGCGCCUUCGUGGAGGGCUCAAGUAUCUUCGGAGUCAUCCGAAGCUACAUUUCAAGCUCGAUCGCCUGGCUCUCUCAUGGUCUCUUGGCACGGGGGGUGCGCCUUAUUUCUUCACUGGCCCUAUCAGCUGGAAGUCAUGCUUUGACGCGCAGUCGGGGAACCCAACUUGCGAGGCUGGGCCCUUCUCUUGCAAUGUUGUGAGUGACUGGAGGCUGGCCGCUGUGUGGCAGGACCUCAGACACUUGGUGGAUCUGAUCAACGAUCAUCUCGCCUGCAAUUCGCUGCUUGACGGCUCUCUUUUCCAAGACUCCUUGGGAUCGAUCCAAACACGACUCGUACAUCUGCAGAACGGAAUCGAUGACCGUUCAGAUGAAUGCCUCCGGCUUGGGAUGUUGGCCUUUCUGUCCACUACAUUGCAAAUCCCAGGCGUGAAACAAUCGAAGGCGGCAACAUCCUGUUCUGGCUUUUGAUGGUGUGCACGAUCUCAGUCUUCGAGGCUGAGGAGGCUUGGCUGCGGCCUCUGUGGUUGAAAUCAGGAGCAGAGCGCUUGUCGUGGGACAGCGCACGAUCUCGGUUGCAGGCCGUCAUGUGGAUAGACAGAUUACAGGGAGAACUCGGCAGCAA